GGCUCUCAAGCUUCACGCCAAUAGCACCGAGGCCAAUCAUACACUUCGCCCCAGCACCGCAGAAAGGAUGAACCAACCUGGAAUGGGAACUAUCGGGAUCAGCAGCGGGACGGCCUUGGCUCUGCAAUGCAUCUUGGGAUAUGUAGUGCAUUUUGUCCUGGGUCCAACAACUACGGAAUCAGAAAGCCUCGGUUUCCCGGCAAGCUUCACGGGGGCGGUGUGAAUGCUCGAGCCGCUACCAGGUGUAGCUUUACUGGGCUGUGCCUCUGGUGUCCCAGGCUGGGAGAGCAAAGCCACAAGACGUCAGGGAGCCUUGCGGAAGGUUAUGAGUAGGAGCCUGAGCUGGUCUGAGCAUCUCGACGUGCUUCUCAAAGCUACUGAUGGAAAUGUCGCCAGGAUUAAGCAGCGGCUGUUUCCUCUUGGAGUCUCCACAGCGGGAGAUUUGGGUGGGACCUGGAUUUCCCAUUAUCACUUGCCUCCCCAGUCUGGAGUCCAAGCUCAACAGUUUUGGGCUCUAGAGACUCUCUGUCACCCAGAGAGACUGAGUUGGGGUAAGACCCAUGGCACAUCUUCUCUCUGGGAUGAAGUUACUAUUCUCCAAUCCCAGCUUCAAUCCCAGGCUCAGGUGACUGAGACACUAAGGCCGGCUGUGCAGGGGUUGCUGGAAGAGCAAAAGCAGCAGAAGUACAAGAUCUGUGCCAUGGAAGCAUCACUAAGGUUGCUGCAGGGGGGCCCAGAGCAGAGGGUCCUUUUCCUGGAGCAACAGCUGGAGGGGUUGAGAAGGGAACUUCAGGGCCUUCGAAGCCAGAUACAGGAACAGGCCCAAGCCCCAAUACAAACAGGACCACGAAAGUGCAGUGCUACUGGUGACCUUCACCAAGAGCUUCAGAAUGAGCGUCAACUCCUGUGGGAGGAAUCAGAGAUUCUUCAGGAGGAAUUGAAGUUGCUGCAGGACCAGCUGAGACCUCCAUUCAUAUCCUCCAAUCUAAGCUGCCCCUGGCUGCCACCUUCUCCAUGUCUCUUUCUUCAUCUAGCUCUGAAGUCAGUUUUCUGGACAGCAACAGUAGCUGGGAACUUUUAUUCCCCUCAGAUCUCCAGAGGAGCAUACUUUCUGACCUGGAGCUCAGUAGCUUUCAGCUUUCGAACCAGAGCCUUGAGCAGGAGCAGGAGAACCUAUUCUUUAAGAGCCCCACAAUGUUCCUGAGUGACCCAUAAGAACUUGUAAGAGUAGCCUUGCUCACCUUACCCACCAAGGCCCUGUUUCUGGGCCCCCUGGCCCUCCUCUCUUGAUGUAGCUGGCAUCUGCCCUCCUUACUGAGGCUCGUCACUGCCUGCCCACCAAUUGCAAUAAACGUUUUAACUCUUC